UUCGUUCAUUCGGCCAUAUUUAUGUCAAAUUUUUCUUAUCCAUUCUGUUGCAGUCUGUGCUGAGAUCUACAAAAAUUGUAGUUUAAUUGCUGCAAUAAAAGAAUAUUAGUAUAAAAAUAGUUGUAUCGGAUUCGUGUCCCAACAUUAUUGAUUAUUUUGCCGACAGAUUAGCAGCCAUAUCGUCAUGGUUCGCACAGGAAUGAUUCGUGGCCGCGGCAUGGGAAUGGGUAUGCGCGGUAUGAGAGGUGCCCCGUAUCUGAAUAAGAAGAGCUUUUUACCACGACAUCCGUUUGAUUUAACUCUAGCCGAAAUGGCUUUCGAAAGGGUUACGCCUGCCCCCGAAGAUACUGUUUUGACGAAUGCGUUGCUCAAGCGCAGCCAGGAUCUGACCCCAACUCCACAGGAGCAGACGGCAAUUUCCAACCUGGUCACAAAGGUGCAGGCUGUACUGGACAACUUGGUGGUUGCGCCGGGCGAUUUCAAUAAAUGCCAGUUGGAUGAGGUUCGUCAGGUGGGCUCCUUCAAAAAGGGAACAAUGAUGGCCGGUCACAAUGUGGCGGAUAUUGUUAUUAUUCUUAAGACUCUUCCCACCAAGGACGUUGCCGAAGUGCUCGGUAAGAAGGUUGACGAAGACAUACAGAAGUCGAUGAAAACAGAGGUGGUUCCAAAGGCAGAAGCGAUAUCGUUGGAAUAUAACGAGAAAAGUUUUGAAAUAUCUAAUGCAUUGGCUAAGGUGCGUUGUUUGAUUGCUACCUUGCCGCAGAACAUUCGUAAAUUGGACGCGGAAAAGCAUCUUGACUUUAAGGUGGUUCAGAGUCACCUGGCUUCCAUCAGACAUGCUCGUUGGUUCGAGGAGAAUGCUCAUCAUUCCAGUAUUAAAGUUUUGAUCCGCAUACUGAAAGAUCUUGCAACCCGUUUCGAUGGUUUUGCUCCACUGAAUCCUUGGAUCUGUGAUCUGCUGGCCCAUUCCGCCAUCAUGAACAAUCCCAGUCGCCAAGCACUGUCCGUUAACUUGGCCUUCCGGCGGAUAUUCCAGCUACUCGCGUCUGGUCUGUUUGUUCCGGGAUCAGCGGGUAUCACCGACCCGUGUGAAGUUGGUCACAUCCGUGUGCAUACUUCCAUGAGCUUGGUUCAGCAGGACGAGUGCUGCAUGACUGCGCAAACACUGGUGCGGGUUUUGGCACAUGGCGGAUACAAGCAUAUUCUCGGGUUUGUUGAAAACACUACGGUGGCGAAAGAAAUGUCAGUGUGGGAUGGGGUUGUGGUGUCUCCAAUGGAACCUGCUUACGAGAAGCCAACGGAGAAGAAGGAAGGCGAAGAGGAGGACAUGGAGUGCGUCGAAGAGUCCACAAUGGAGGACGAUAAUGGUGAGUAGAGAUGUUGGGUAGGAUUCGGAGAUUCUGAUAAUUAUUUGAAAUGUGAACCGAAUUGUGGAACGCACCUGGUCCAUCGCACACAAAACGGCAAUUUGAACUCUCAUUAAGAUACUCCAGCAUUUUAAAUAAUAAACUAUGUGUGAACUAUA